AUGGAGAAGACGAGGGACACACUUGUGUUUUAUGUGAAUCAACAAAAGAUCGUGGAGAAUAGGCCUGAUCCGACAACAACAUUACUGCAAUAUCUCCGACGGCAUUUAAAACUUACAGGAACGAAAAACGCAUGUAAUCAGGGAGGAUGUGGAUCGUGUACAGUGAUGUUGUCCUGGUGGGACAAGGCAGAACAACAGAUCAAACAUUCAAAUGUGAAUGCUUGCCUUGUGUUGGUAUGCCAUCUCCAUGGUUACGCGGUUACGACAGUGGAGGGGGUGGGUAGUACUCGAAAGGGACUCAGUGGAAUACAGACCAGUCUGAUGGAGUCGUUUGGUCUCCAAUGUGGUUUCUGUACACCGGGCAUGGUGAUGACAAUGCACUCCUUACUACAACAGACCGCAGAGCCGUCUCAGGAAUCUCUAGAAAUGGCACUGGAAGGAAACAUUUGUCGUUGCACUGGGUAUCGGCCAAUUGUUGAUGCUUUUCAAAACUUCUGCAAAAAGGGUUGUGAAAAACGUGGCCAGUGUGACAAAGGAGACAUAGAAGACCUUUGUCAAUUAACCAUUAAUGGCAGCGGUAAACAUGAGAAUAUCGAUGACGACAAAUUGGAAGGGAAAAUACGAUUUCCGAAAGAACUUAAGGACCAGGGUACGGAGAAAUUAGUGUUCCGGAGUGGCGACUGGAGUUGGCUGAGACCUGUCACUAUACAGGAGGUGCUGAGUCUAAUGGACAAAGAACCAAAUAGUCACAUCGUGAUGGGAGGCACCAAUUUGGUUGGGAAACUGAAAUCAAAUACCAUAACCAAAGGAACAUUGAUUUCAUGCAAAAAUGUCCAGGAAAUGACAAUAUUUAAACACAACGAAGAUGGUAUUGAGAUGGGAGCAGCGCUAACACUGACCAAUGUCGCUGAGCGAUUGAAGGCGUGCAAUCUUUCUCUCAAUGGAGGUGGUAUACGAGGUCACGUGGUCACAGCGAUGUUGGAAAGUCUCCGCUGGUUAGCAUGUCAGCAGAUCAGAAACCAAGCGACUCUUGGAGGUCACGUGAUGAUUUCUGACCCUCGAUCCGAUUUAUGUGUCGUGUUAGUGGCUGCUGGAGCAAGAGCUGUGGUGAUUUCUAAAAGUGGACACAGGGAAGUAGAACUGAACAACCAAUUUUUUACCAGUAAUGGAAAAACAUCUCUUGCUCCGACGGAAGUGUUGGUAUCCGUUAAAGUGCCAUUUAAUCCUGUGAAUACACAUGUGGCGUACUAUAAGCAGGCAAGUAGAAAGGGAUUUAGCUAUGCCCUAUUAAAUGGAUGCUUCUCUGCCAGUUUGGAUGGGCGUGGUUCCUUCAGAAACCUUGACCUUUGUUUCGGAACUGUGUUCGAAACAACAAGAAAAUUGACCAAGUGUCCAUCAAUAGCUAAUGGAAAUUAUCCCGACGACAGUACUCUUGGUUUGGUGUGUGAUGAACUUAAACGCGAGCUCCAAGCUGAAUCAAACGGUACUGUUAGCAGCUACAAGCAGAAUCUGGCAUGUGGGUUCGUGAUCAAAUUCUGGAGAGAGAUACAAAACAAGCUUAAUCAUAACAAAAGAGCGGAUGCUAAUGGUCUUACUUGGAAACCUUGCGAAGGACAACAAGUGUUUCAAGCGCCAUCUCCCGGACAACCAGCACACGACGCAGUUGGGCGUUCUAUUCCGUUGGUUUCUGCACCUGCACUUGUGACAGGACAGGCUAUGUUUUUGGACGACAUGCCACGAUUUGAAAAUGAGCUGUACGUACAGCCAGUGUUUAGCACGAGAGCGCAUGCGCGGAUACUGUCCAUAGACAAGAGCGUUGCUAUGGCUUCACCAGGUGUUGUAGACUUCCUAGAUGCGUCAACAGUUCCAGGCGAAAAUAAAUGGGGACUCUUUGCUCAGGACGAACCGUUGUUUGCAGAAAACGAAGUGUUUUGUGUUGGUCAAGUUGUAUGUGCAAUCGUAGCUACAUCAGAACACUAUGCUAAGACGGCAGCAGACCUUGUGAAGAUCAUGUAUCUAGAUCUACCCAACAUUACCACAAUGGAGGAAGCUAUUGCAGCCGAUUCCUAUUUUGACUAUACCUCACACCCAAUAGACUGUGGAGACCCAGACAAACAGUUCCCACUCUGUGACUUUGUGAAAGAGGGACAGGUGCGUUCGGGUUUCCAGGAACAUUUCUAUUUAGAGCCAAGCGGAGCAGUUGUUGUACCGAAAAAUGAAUUGGGAGAAAUUGAAAUAUUUACCACAUCACAAGCACCAACUUUCUGCCAGACAUCAGCUUCUCAGAUUCUUGGUAUACCAAGGAACAGAAUUGUCGUCAGACAGAAGAGACUGGGUGGCGGAUUUGGAGGAAGAGAGUAUCGCACCCCUCUUAUGUUUGGCGCAGCCGCAGUAGCAGCACAGAGGUUGGGAAAGCCAGUGCGAAUGAUCAUGGAUAGAAAGACAGAUUUCCAAACCACCGGCAAACGUCAUCCAUUUUUGUCAAAAUAUAAGGCUGGUUUCCGGUAUGACGGGACGCUGGAAGCCGUAUCAAUUCACUUCUACAUCAACGCUGGUUAUACAUUGGACGUAUCGGCCGCGAUCAUGGAUAAUGCAUGUUUCAACGUCGACGCAGCAUAUAAAACGCCAGUUUUUUCUGUGUAUGGACACGUGUGUAAGACAAACACACCCUCCAACACCUCCAUGAGAGCAUUCGGUGCGGCGGAAGCGGUUUUUGUCAUGGAAGCCAUCAUGUGUACUGUAGCGGACACAGUCGGACUCGAUCAGGAAUAUGUACGCCAACUUAAUAUGUACAAAGAAGGCAGCAUCAAUCACUACAAACGAAAGCUAGAAAAUUGUAUGUUACAACGUUGUUGGCGAGAUUGUAUAACGCAAAGCAAAUUCGAGGAAAGGUCGAAAGCAGUCUCUCUUUACAAUAGCCAGAACAAGUUCAAGAAGAAAGGGAUUGCGGUGAUGCCACUGAAAUUUGGGGUUGGAUAUCCAGUCCGACAUUUAAACCAGGGAGCUGCGCUUGUGAACAUCUAUCUUGAUGGAUCUAUCACUAUAGCACACGGAGGCGUGGAGAUGGGACAAGGCCUACACACAAAGAUGAUACAGGUGGCAUCCAGAGCUCUCGAAGUACCUAUCGAAAAUAUUCAUAUCAGUGAGACAGGAACAAAUACAUGUCCAAAUACUACCUCAACAGCGGCCAGCUUAUCCUCAGACAUUAACGGAGCGGCCGUACUGGAUGCAUGCAAUAAGAUCAACAACAGAUUGCGACCAUACAAACAGAAGAUCCCAACAGGACAAUGGACGGAUUGGGUCAAUGCUGCUUACAUGGACAGAGUUAGUCUAUCCGCCACUGGAAUAGGACGGCCUGGUAACCAGCAUUGGGACUUUGAGAAAGGCGUGGGCAACCCUGUCCACUACUACACGUUCGGGGCAGCCUGUACUGAAGUGGAGAUUGAUUGCUUAACAGGGGAACACCAGGUACUGGACACAGAAAUCGUUAUUGAUAUAGGGAACAGUUUGAACCCCAGUCUUGAUGUCGGGCAGAUUGAAGGCGGGUUUGUGCAGGGAUAUGGAUGGGUAACAAUGGAAGAAUUGAAAUUCUCGUCUAAAGGUGAAACCCUGGCAUGUGGUCCGGUAGAUUACAAACUUCCGGGUAUCAGGAAUAUUCCUCGCCGCAUGAAAGUUUCUAUACUGAAAGAUUGUCCCAACAAGGGUACCGUGUAUUCCUCAAAGGGGGUAGGCGAACCUCCACUUCUCCUGGCAAUAUCAGUCUAUAUAGCGAUGCGGAAAGCAAUCCAAGCUUGCAGGGCGGACGCAGGACUUACUGAUGCAUUUGACCUCGAUAUUCCAUUAACUGCCGAAAACAUUCGGAUGGCCUGUCCGAUUGAAAUUCCAACAGGCAAAUUUGCUUCGUAA